UCCUUGUGUGACUACUGGAAUAAGCGGCUGCGCUGAGGACCAGGUGACAGCCACAUUCCAUGCAGAGCCCCCCUUCCCCGACGCGCCUCCCCCUUACGCCCCCCCCCGCCCUGUGGCACGGGGGCUCAGCCUGGGAGAGCGGCCACACAGCGUCACUGUGUGGGUGGGCCUCAUGGGGGCCAGCCUGGGGGCUGUCAUCUCUCAGCGGUGGGGGCAGGGGCCUCAGGGCGCAGGGCGGGCGGUCCAGGGCGUCGGGCCGCGCCGCCCCCUCCCGGCCUCAUACCUUGCCCACAGCCGAGCAGCUGGGAGGCUAUUUAUAAAGGCGGGUGAGAUCAGCGGCCGAGGCUAUAAAUGUGAGGGCCGCGGCCGGGCCCAGAGAGCAGCCGCCCGGGGCGCUGGAGCUGCGAGCCGGGCCACGAUGAGCGCCAGCGCCGGCGGCGGUGGGGACUGCGGCGGCAGCAGCAGCAGCUCGCCGGCCUCCGCGUCCGCUGGGGCCGCGUCGGCGCCGCCGAUGCUGCAGGGUCCCCUGGGCUCCGACGAUGAGGAGCAGGAGGACCCCAAGGACUACUGCAAGGGCGGCUACUACCCCGUGAAGAUCGGAGACCUGUUCAAUGGGAGGUACCACGUGGUGCGCAAGCUGGGCUGGGGCCACUUCUCCACCGUCUGGCUGUGCUGGGACAUCCAGCGCAAGCGCUUGGUGGCCCUGAAAGUGGUGAAGAGUGGCGGGCACUACACGGAGACAGCUGUGGAUGAGAUCAAGCUCCUGAAAUGUGUCCGAGACAGUGACCCAAGUGACCCUAAAAGAGAGACCAUUGUCCAGCUCAUCGAUGACUUCAAGAUCUCGGGGGUUAAUGGGGAUGCCCAGGGACACUGGGAUGGCAGGGCUGGUGACCUCCAGGACCAUCCAGUCUGCCCUGCUGCCCCCCUGCACUGCCCAGCCGUGUGCCCGCCCACUUGCCCUUCACUCCCUGCCCCAGAUGUCUGCAUGGUGCUGGAGGUCCUGGGCCACCAGCUGCUCAAGUGGAUCAUCAAGUCCAACUACCAGGGCCUACCAGUACCCUGUGUGAAGAGCAUCGUGCGGCAGGUGCUGCAUGGCUUGGACUACCUGCACACCAAGUGCAAAAUAAUCCACACGGACAUCAAGCCUGAGAACAUCCUUCUGUGCGUGGGGGAUGCCUACAUCCGCCGCCUGGCCACUGAGGCCACCGAGUGGCAGCAGUCUGGGGCGCCACCCCCAUCCCGCUCCACAGUCAGCACAGCCCCCGAGGAGGUCAUGCAGGUGGGGAAACUGUCCAAGAACAAGAAGAAGAAGCUGCGUCGCAAGCGGAGGCAGCAGAAGCUGCUGCUGGAGGAGCGGCUGCGAGACCUGCGGCAGCUGGAUGCCAUGGAUGAGGCAGCGGCGGCAGCGGAGGCCCGGGCUGAGGAUGCUGGCUCCACCUCUUCUUCGGGCUGCCACCCUGGGGGGGCGCAGGGCGGCCGCUCACCAGCGUCAUCGCCCGGGCCUGGUGGGGAGCGCAGCCCCAGCCCCGGCUCGCAAACCUCGGGCUUCUCGGGCUCCCUCUUUUCGGCCGCCUCAUGCUCAGUGCUGUCCAGCGCGUCCAACCAGCGGGAGGCAGGGGGCCUCCUUUCUCCCAGCACACCAUUUGGGGCCUCGAACCUCCUGGUGAACCCCCUAGAACCCCAGAACGCAGACAAGAUCAAGAUCAAGAUUGCGGACCUGGGCAAUGCCUGCUGGGUGCACAAGCACUUCACGGAGGAUAUCCAGACGAGGCAGUACCGGGCUGUGGAGGUGCUGAUUGGCGCUGAGUAUGGGCCCCCGGCCGACAUCUGGAGUACGGCGUGCAUGGCCUUCGAGCUGGCCACCGGUGACUACUUGUUCGAGCCCCACUCUGGAGAAGACUACAGUCGAGAUGAGGACCACAUCGCCCACAUCGUGGAGCUCCUCGGAGACAUCCCCCCAGCCUUUGCCCUCUCAGGCCGCUAUUCUCGAGAGUUCUUCAACCGCCGAGGGGAGUUGCGGCACAUCCACAACCUCAAGCAUUGGGGUCUGUAUGAAGUGCUUAUGGAGAAGUAUGAGUGGCCUCUGGAGCAGGCCACGCAGUUCAGCGCCUUCCUGCUGCCCAUGAUGGAGUACAUCCCUGAGAAGCGUGCCAGUGCCGCCGACUGCCUGCAGCACCCAUGGCUCAACCCCUAGGCCGGGGAGGGGUACCAGAGGAGCUCUCCACCGCCGCCUGCAGCGCGCACCCCGCAGCCCCCAGCCCAGCCCGCCCCACCGCACCAGCUCUGCUCCCACACGGGUUUGUGCUAAAAUAAAGGCCGCAGCUGACAAGCA